CUUAAACAUACUCAAUCUUUGAAACACCCAUCCUAGAAAAAGAAAAGAAAAAAAAGAGACAACGAUGGCAUCAAAGAACUCAACCUCUCUUUCUCUUUUCUUCGCCCUCAACAUCCUAUUUUUCACCUUAACCGCUGCAACUGAUUGUGGUUGCAACCCAAGUCCUAAACCCAAGCCUGUCCCAAGUCCUAAGCCCAAGCCGGUCCCAAGUCCUAAACCCAAGCCAGUCCCAAGUCCUUCCGUCCCAAGUCCUUCGGUUCCAAGUCCUUCGGUCCCAAGUCCAAACCCUAGGCCGGUCACGCCUCCGAGCACUGGUUCAUCUGGAAACUGCCCUAUAGAUGCUCUCAAGCUUGGUGUAUGUGGAAAUGUCCUAAGCAGAUUACUCAACAUCCAGUUGGGUCAGCCAUCAGCUCAACAAUGUUGCUCGCUCAUCCAAGGUUUGGUUGACGUCGAUGCUGCGGUUUGUCUCUGCACUGCUCUUAGGGCUAACAUUCUGGGAAUCAACCUUAACGUUCCUAUAUCUCUCAGCGUUCUUCUCAACGCCUGUAACAGAAAGCUUCCGUCUGGUUUCCAAUGUGCUUGAAUGAUAUGAGCAUACAAAGCGUACGUGCGCAUUAUUAUAGUUUGAAUAAAUGGGUGUAAGCUACAGUUUGCGUUUAAACUUUUAUUUGUAAUAGUGAAAUAAUAAAUGUACGUGUGAGGGUUUUAUUGUUUUUUGUUUUUUCUGUUUUUGUAAACGUUCCCGUCUUCCUGGCGUCUUUGCUUUAUAGUAGCAAGUUAUAUCUAUUUUCAACACGUAUAAUGAAAGAGAUUUUGUGCAACGUCUCA